GUAAGAGCUUGCAUGACUGAUUGACGACGAUGUACACCGUCGACACUUUUUUUUCUUUUUUGAACCAUUUCAUAUAAACUAUAUCUGCAUAUAUAAAUACAAUACGAAUAGCGUUGACGUAUUCUUUCAACAACCGCGUUUUCAGAGUUGCUUAUUCUAAAACCUCGCAGCAAUAGUUACCAAUUGGAGUCAUUCCUGAGCCAUGGCGUUUAUUCGGCCGUAUAAGCCUUCUGACUUUGAGGGCAUGUCUCACAUUUGCCGUGAAACCCUCAACCCCGCCCUCUUACCGUCCAUACCCGGCCGCCGACUGGCCCCGUACGUCUGGACUCACCAGUACACGCAUCUCUCGCCCACAACCUGCUUCGUUGUUGACGACGGCACCGGCCGGCCAGUGGGUUACUGCAUUGGAUGCCCCGACAUCUCCGCCUUUGUGGCCGCAUACGAUUCCUAUACGACGCAAGUGCUUGAUCCGUCGCCCGAGGUGACGCGCCCGGAUGACCUGAACUUGAAGGAGCCGCUGUUCUUGCCGGGCGGGAGCAUCAACGAGGUGUUUCUGUCGCGGCUGGCGUAUAAUCCGCAUCUUUUGCUGGUGGACGGCAAUGCGGACUUGUUGGCGGAGUACAAGGCGACAAUGCACAUUGAUUUGCUGGACGAGUAUCAGGGCCAGGGAUGGGGCAAGCAGCUCAUCUCUCGGUUCGUUGACAGUAUCAAGGAUGUUCCGCAGCAGGAUGGCAGCGUGAGCAAAGGUAUCUGGAUCGGCGUGGCGGGAGACAAUGGUAAGGUGGUGCCGUUUUAUGAGAAGCAGGGCUUCAAGAUUAAGCAGAGACCUGUGCAGAGUAAGACGUAUUUCAUGGUCAAGGAGUUUUAGUUUGUGUAAGAAGGCUGGGAGAGAUGGGGGUUUGUAUAGAGCAUUUAGAAUGAAUAAUUUGAUGCGUACUGUGAUGUGAGA